AUGUUUCACAAAAUAUUAAAGCUAACUUUGGUGGUCAUGUGUUUGGCAGUGGCAGCAGCUCAAUACCAAUAUCAAGGGCAAGCUGGUCAGGCCGGCUAUUAUCCGGGGCAAACUGGUCAAUAUAGACCAUCUGCUACUGGUCAAGCUGGAUAUUACCCCGGACAAACUGGUCAAUAUAGUGGUCAAACUAGACCUUCUGCUGCUGGCCAAACUGCCUACUACCCCGGACAAACUGGUCAAUCCAGACCCUAUCAACCCACUUCCCAAUACCCACAAACUUCCUACCAACCCUCAUCUGCUGGCUCAGCUCAACGACCUGCUGCCGCUACAAUUGGCUCACCCGACAAUCGCAUCUUAGGUUUACUUGGUGGCGGCAAUAGAGGAGGUGGUCUCUUUGGUGGUCUAUUGGGAGGCGGCGGCGGUGGUGGUGGUUUAUUGGGCAAUCUUUUUGGUCUUGGUGGUGGCAACAGAAACCCAGUUGCUCCCGCCUAUCCUGUACCUGCACCUAGCUAUGGCGGUUAUCCUGGUGGUUUUGGCGGUGGCUACCCCGGUGGAUUUGGUGGUUAUCCUGCUUAUGGCGGUGCUGGUGGUUACUAUGGUUAA